AGGAACAAGAGGUCGCUAACAAAUUAGCAAGGAUCGGAACUUAUCCACUCCUAACAAGAUGAAGGCCUCAUGCCCACCUUCACUCCCAAUAUUAUUCGCGAUCGUUCUGUUCUCAAUCUCAUGUACAAAUUCAGAGCAAGUUAAUCUAAACAGGUUUUUCCGAUGCCUUUCAAAUCAUUCUUCACUUUUCCACCCAAUCUCUGAGACCAUCUACACCCCCAACAAUGCAUCUUUUCUCUCAGUUUUGAACUCUCAUAUUAAAAACCGCAGAUUUCAAACAUCUGCAACCCCAAAACCGCUCACUAUUAUAGCAGCCAAACACCAAUCUCAUGUCCAAGCAACUAUCGUUUGUGCAAAGCGAUAUGACUUGGAAACCAGGAUUCGAAGUGGUGGCCACGACUAUGAGGGCCUUUCAUACGUAUCGAAUACUCCAUUUCUAGUCCUUGACAUGUUCAAUCUUCGUGCUAUAGACAUUGACAUAGCAUCCGAGACUGCAUGGGUUCAGGCUGGCGCUACUCUUGGCGAACUUUAUUAUAGAAUCGCCAAGAAAAGCAAAGUUCAUGCGUUCCCCGCCGGGGUGUGUCCCAGCCUUGGCACGGGUGGACACUUUUCUGGAGGUGGAUAUGGAAACUUGAUGCGAAAGUUUGGCCUCUCUGUGGAUAAUAUAAUCGAUGCGCAGAUAGUCACUGUUAAUGGAUCGAUCCUCGAUAGAAAAUCCAUGGGAGAGGAUGUGUUUUGGGCCAUUAGAGGAGGUGGUGGAGCAAGCUUUGGAGUCAUUCUUUCGUGGAAGAUAAAGUUGGUACGAGUUCCAUCCAUGGUGACAGUGUUCAACGUUAAAAGGACAUUGGAACAGAAUGCAACAGAUGUUGUUUAUCGUUGGCAACAGGUUGCGGAUAAGCUACCUGAAGACCUCUUCAUAAGGUUAAUGCCACAAGUAGUGAAUGGAAGUCAUGAGGGCAAGAAGACGGUGCAAGUUUCUUUCAUUGGCCACUUUCUGGGGAAAUCUAAAAGACUUCUCCCUUUGAUGAAUGAGAGGCUUCCUGAACUAAGAUUGCAACAAAAUGACUGCAGUGAAAUGCCUUGGAUCGAGUCUACCCUUUUCUGGGCGAAUUUCCCCACUGGAACUCCCACGGAUGCUUUACUCAGACCAUCCAAGGCAGAUGUCUUCUUCAAAAGCAAAUCUGAUUAUGUCAAGAAACCGAUUCCAAAGACUGGCUUAGAAUUGAUAUGGAAGUUGUUGAUUCAAGGAGUAAAGGUAAUUAUGCAAUGGAAUCCUUAUGGAGGAAGAAUGAGUGAGAUUUCAGAGUCAGAGACUCCAUUCCCACACAGGGCUGGAAACAUAUUCAAAAUACAGUAUUUCGUACUGUGGGUGGAAGAAGGAAUUGAGGCUACGAACUAUUAUCUUAAGUUUUCAAGAACCCUCUACGAGGCGAUGACACCGUACGUAUCGAAGUCCCCAAGGGAGGCUUUUCUCAACUAUAGGGAUCUUGAUAUCGGUAUUGCAAGUUCAAGUAAUAAUCGUACGAUCCUUAAUAGCAGUGCAAGAGUGUACGGGUGUAAGUAUUUCAAGGGUAAUCUGGACCGGCUGUUGCGAGUGAAGGCAAGCAUUGAUCCCUCUAACUUCUUUAAAAAUGAACAAAGCAUUCCGCCUCUUCCAAUCCAGCCUUAAUCCUUGAGCGGAUCCCAAAUCCAUAGAACGGUCGAACUUGUUAGAGCAAACCAAUCUUAGUGGCGGCCAAGAUCAUUUAGUUUUAUGUGUGACCUACUUUUGUAAUUGAAUAAAUAAAAGAAUAACAGUUCUCUUCGCGCC